ACAUCUGAAAGUGGACUGGGUUAAUCAUACACUUAUCAGACCAACCCCACUCUAUAAAUUGCCCAACUCUUUAACACACCCUUUCCAUUAUCCAAAACUAAUCUCUCUCUCUCUGUGCAAAAGAAAGAAAAAAGUUUCAAAUGGCAAAUUACACAGCAAACUCAAAUUUAUUCUGUUCUAAUAAUGCCCUCUCAUUUCUUGAUAAUGAUAUAAGUUGGGAAAUAACAAAUCCCUUCAUUAUGUUACAAAAUCCAAAUUUAGACUAUCAUAGUAUAUGUGAUCAUUUUUCAAUAGAUCAAACAUCUCAAGUUCAUGCAAAACAAUGUGAUUCAUCCGUUGUAUUAUCUGGGAAUGAAAGUAGUGAAACUACCAACAAAAGAAAAGUUGAAGAUUUGACAGAAAGCAGCACAGGCUCUUUAUAUUCAUCUCCUCCACCUAUUGUGUCUAAUGAUCGAGUUAGAAAAAAAACUAGCACAGGCAGAGGAAAGAAAAACAAAAGUAAUGAUAAGGUAGAAGGAAAUCCCAAAGAAGUGGUUCAUGUUAGAGCAAGGAGAGGCCAAGCAACUGAUAGUCAUAGUAUAGCUGAAAGGGUAAGAAGAGGAAAGAUUAAUGAGAGGCUUAGAUGUUUACAAGACAUAGUCCCAGGUUGCUACAAGACGAUGGGGAUGGCUGUAAUGUUAGAUGAGAUAAUUAAUUAUGUCCAGUCUUUGCAGAACCAAGUUGAUUUUCUUUCAAUGAAGCUCACAGCUGCAAGUCAAUUUCAUGAUUUUAAUACUGAGGCCGAGCCAAUGGAGAAAAAACAGAAGAUAAAGGGAUGCAACAAUGACGAAGCACAAGAUGUGGAAAGAAUGUUGAGCAGGGGAGGCUAUGAUCAAGCACUACCCAAUUUCUAUCAAUCAACAUGGCCCUUUUGACUUGGACUUUGGCUUCUUGCUACAAUUGCUUUGUGUUUGAUGACAUAUGAUCUAUCCUAUUCCCAUUGUCAUUUUUGUAACAAAAAGAAAGAGAGAUAUUACAUUCAUAAAAUUAUUUUUAGAAAAAGGACAUACUAGAUAAUUCUAAAGGUUUCGUUGUAAUUCAUUAAUUUCCCUAUCAAUAUUUGAAAGGGUUGUCAAAAUUUUAUUGGCUAAUCAAAAUGAUAGAAAGCUUACUGUCUA